AUUAGGCCUCAUAUGUAUUCUGUAAGUUGAUUUAACACUAAACAUUUUACUGAGCAUUUAAUAAAGCAGGUGCAAAAAUAAAACAAAUGUUUAUUAGAUGUUGGUAUUGUUGCAAUUGAAAGGAUGUUGUCUCUUAGCUUCAAGUCUCACAUGACUGAGCCUAGCUGAAAAGGCAAACAUAAAAAAUGAUGUCAUCACUUUCAGCAUGAAAUAUCUAUGACCAGGUCCGUAUUGAUCACCAUUAACCUGAAACCUCAGAGACCACUCCUUCUAUCAUCAUCAUCGCACGUAGGGAAGGGCUUGGCUCUUGAUUACUUUAUAGCCCCUAAGCAGAGAGUAAAGUCCCCAGCACCUGGAAGAGCGGGGACAUUCAGUAGCACAGCGGCGGCAGGAAGGACGGAGGACAUUCAGUGACACAGCAGCGGCAAGAAGACACGCAGAAGCCCAGCUUCCUUCCCGCCUGUUGGCAGCGACCUUUCUCGGCCUGUGCGCAUUUGUGCCUUUUCUCAGUUUUCGGACUGUCUGACCUUCGGCUCGGGAGCGUUUUUUGUGGCGACGAUGUCUACCGCAACGGAAGUGACCGGGUUCUUUUUGUGUGUGGGGAGCUGGUUAAUCACUGGCGCCUCUCUUGCCAACGACUACUGGAAGGUGUCCACGUUCUCCGGCAGCGUCAUCGUCUCCACCCGGCAGUACGAGAAUCUGUGGCACUCCUGCGCUGAGGACAGUUCUGGCAUAACCAACUGUAGGGACUUUGAGUCUAUGCUUGCCCUGCCAGGUUACGUACAGGCUUGCCGUGCUCUGAUGAUUGUUACCCUGCUGCUGGGUCUGGCUGGGAUCGUCGUGUCAUUGCUGGGACUGAAAUGCACUAAGAUCGGUAGCGCUUCCAAGGAAACCAAGGGCAAGAUCGCCCUGACUGGCGGCGGGCUGUUCCUGCUGUCAGGUAUCAGUUGCUUGAUAGCUGCAUCCUGGUAUGCUGCUCGAGUUGUGCAAGAAUUCUACGAUCCCUUCUUUGGAGGUGUCAAGUUUGAACUUGGGGCUGGCCUGUACAUGGGCUGGGGUGGAGCCAGCUUGGCCAUUUUGGGAGGGGCUUUCCUGUGCUGUUCCUGUAAGCAGGCUGUUGGGGCUCCACCUAAAGGCGGAAAUUAUGGUUACAACUACUCUACAGCUGGCCAAGAUCAGAAGAUCUUCAGACAAGCACCGGCAACAGAUUCUGGAACUUCAAAAGCAUAUGUUUAAACUCAUUUUAUAAAUCAUUAGAUUUAGAAACAUUUCCAUGUCUGUAUAUUAAUUGGUAUUUUUACAGUUGUUACUAGCCUAUUUGACUGGUUUACUAAGCAAUUUUUGUUUUAUAUUUCUGUUUUUAUUUUGUUUGUAAAUUGUUAUGUAAUUAUGAGCUAGGUAGAAUGAGCUCUAAUUUAAAUGUUGAUUAAAGAUUGAAUAAAUGCAUAUUUGGUUAAUUGAUUUAUCAGCUAAUAAAUCAUCAUUUGCUAUCAAA